GCUACAGAGAGAGGAACGCCCAGGGUGCCUAUUGGCUCAGGGCUGCUCAUUUAAACUGUGAGAGGGAUUUUUUGGAGCUAGAGGACUCUCUGUAAUACUCAGGAGGGCCAAGUCCGAGCUGCUCGACAGGUGCUCACUGCAAGUCACUUUGAAUGACAGUAAGAGGCUCUUGUACUCUGACAGACUAAGGAGGGACAUUCAGAAUUCAGUCUACAGCGGUCAUGAUUCCCAGGCUAAAUUGGCUCCAAUUGCUCCUCUUUGGGAUCCUGGGUGUAGUCUCACUCGUUACACAGGCGGAAGAGUCUGAGAAAGCAGUUACAUUUAGCCAUGUGUACAAAAUUAACUCUGGUUGUAAGCAGGACACAGUUUUUCCUUCACAUGACCAAGCAUCAGAUGAUCAAGUCAUGGUGGUGGAUGGAGAGAAGGACAUUGUUUUCAAGCACAAUAUUAAGUUGCCCUCAUCUAGCUGCAACUGCGCUAAUUCUGAGGAAUUCAAAGCCCUGCUAUACCGUGUCAAUGGUUUGGAGGAGGAGGUUACCUACCUGAAGUCCCAGUGUGCUCAGGGCUGCUGCGCAGGAAGUUCAGGUGUGGACAAAAGCUGUAGUGGCCAUGGUGUAUACCAGCACAACACCUGCAGCUGCAAAUGUGAUGUAGGCUGGGAGGGUCCAGACUGCUCCGUCUCCACUUGUCCGGAUAAUUGUAACGAUAAUGGCUACUGUGUAGAUGGACAAUGUGUUUGUCACACUGGUUACACGGGCCAUGACUGCGGUCUACUCACAUGUCCAGAUGACUGCAAUGACAAGGGCCACUGUGUGGAUGGCAAGUGUGUCUGCUUUGAGGGCUUCUCUGGAGACAAUUGUGGCAUACAGAAAUGCCCAAAUGACUGCAAAGAGAAUGGGCGCUGCAUUGAUGGACAGUGCCUCUGCGAUGAGGGCUUCUUUGGAAAUGACUGCUCUAUGGUAAUGGGUCCAAAGGGCCUGCAUGUAAUCAGGGUGACUGAUGUGUCUCUGCUGGUGGAGUGGGAAGAAGUAAAACAUGCAGAGUAUUACCUGCUCUCCUACUAUCCUUAUGGAAAUGAGGGAGCCAUCAAGGAAAUCCGUGUUCCCAACACUGAAAAUUCCUAUUUGAUCACAGGCCUCAAACCUGGAGUUACCUAUAUUGUUCAAGUGCAGGCUGUCAUCAAGGCAAUCAGCAGUGAAUCUGAUCGCAUCACAGCCACAACAGAUAUGUCUGGUGUAGAAGGUGUUCGUGUGCUUGGACAGACAGAAGACUCUAUCCAGGUGGACUGGCAGAACCCAGAAACCGAGGUUGAUUACUUUAAACUACGUCAUGCCAGUCCAGGCAGCCAAGAGGAACUGGAAAACGUAGCUAAGAGCCAGGAGGCUAGGACUGUGCAUACUAUUAUAGGUCUUAACCCAGGCACUGAGUACCAGAUUACAGUUCAGGCCAUCAAAGGAAGCAAUGAAGGCAAACCAGCCCAUACCACAGGAGUCACAGACAUUGAUUCUCCGAAUAAUCUGGUCACAAGAGAUGUAACUGAAACUACAGUGACUGUGAUGUGGGACAAGGUCCGUGCUGAGAUUGAUGGUUACAUAUUGAGCUAUAGCUCUGCUGAAGGCUCCAGCCAGGAGAUCCAAGUGGGAGCAGAUGCCACUUCAUAUAUUUUCACAUCACUGAAACCUGGGGUGGUGUACACCAUCUUCCUCUGGGCCUACAAUGGUUCCCGUUUGAGCAGGAAGAGCUCUACUGAGGCAGAGACAGUCUUAGAUGCACCUACUAAUCUUGUGGUCAGAGACGUGACGGGGGAGUCAGCGAUGGUAUCAUGGGACAGAGUCCAAGCAGAAGUAGAUGGGUACAUACUGAGCUAUAACUCUGCUGAAGGGUCCAGUGAUGAGCUGCGAGUGGGAGCAGACAGCACCUCCUACCAGUUGACUGUUCUGAAGCCAGGAGUUCUAUAUACAAUCUAUGUCUGGGCCAUCAAGGGCUCUCGCUCCAGCAGGACAGCCACAACAGAAACUGAGACAGACAUUGAUGCUCCAAAGAAUCUGAAAGCUGUUGAUGUUAAGAGGGAAUCUGCAGCUCUAACCUGGAAACCUCCUCAGGCUCACAUUGAUGGCUACAUUCUUAGUUACAGGCCUGAAGAUGGUAGUAUGGAGGCUGUUGAGAAGAACUUUGUCGCAGGAGAUAAUAGAGUUGGCCUCUCUGGUCUGGAUACGGGGAAGAAGUAUAUUGUCACUCUAAUUGCAUAUAAAGGUUCAAAGAGGAGUAAAGUGGUGGAAACCAUAUUUAUCACUGUAGGUGCAGCCUAUCCUUUCCCUAUGGACUGCACACAGAUCAUGAAGAAUGGAAAAAUGCAGAGCGGAGUUUACACUAUCUACGUUGCCAAUGACCGCAAUAAGCCGAUGCAGGUGUAUUGUGACAUGACCACAGAUGGUGGUGGCUGGAUUGUCUUUCAGAGACGUAACACAGGCAAGCUAGACUUCAUGAAGCGCUGGAGAGAAUACAUGCAAGGCUUUGGGGAACUGACUGAUGAAUUUUGGCUUGGCCUGGAAAACAUCCAUGCACUGACCAACACAAGCACAAUAUAUGAAGUGCGCUUUGAUCUGGGCCUGGGGAGUGAGCGUGCUUAUGCUGUCUACGAUGACUUCAAGUUAGGAUCAGCCAAGCAGAAGUUUAAGCUCACUAUUGGCAAUUAUAGAGGAAAUGCAGGUGAUGCUAUGACCUACCACCAGGGGAGACCUUUCACUACUAUGGACUCAGACAAUGACAUUGCUCUGGGUAAUUGUGCUUUCACGCAUGGUGGUGCCUGGUGGUACAAAAAUUGCCACUUAGCCAACUUAAAUGGCAAAUUUGAGGACAACAGACACAGCAUGGGAGUGAACUGGGAGCCAUGGAAGGGCCACCUCAAGUCCCUGGACUUUACAGAGAUUAAGAUCCGCCCAGUGAACACAUCUAGCCGGAAGAAAAGAUCACUCAAGAGAAGAGAAGCUGCUUAGUGAUCAAAAUACUGCGAAGCAAAAUGACAUGAUGAAAGUAGAACUUCUGAUUAAUCAAAGUACCAUAUUAUCACAUUUAAAAAAAUAUGAGUGAAAAGUAUCUUUUUUACUGAUUGCCGAUACUGUACAACUGCACAACUUUAUCUUACAAAAAUGUUGAAAGGUCAAAUGCAAAAAGAAAUAAAAUCAAUAUUUUUUAUUAUAUUUGUCACAUUUAGCAGUUUUGUACAGAUAAGAUUAUGGCAUCAUUCCCUGAACAACUGUGGUAUAGUUGGCCAAUUUAUUGGUAGGUGAUAUAUAAUUUAAAAUUCAUACAUUCUAAGUUUAUUUUAUCACCUUUUCCUCAUUUUACAAUUAUUCCAGUGUUCAAUAUUGAUCUUUUCAGAAUGUGUGGAAUGCUGUUUUUAUAUAUUUGUGUGUGUGUUUUUUUAAGUAUCUACUGCAAUGAUUACUUUUAAAUGUUUGACCUAAAUGGUGUAUAGUAUGUAUUAGGCCAGUUAUUUCAAAAGUACCAUAUAAUAUAAACCAUAUUUGGAUAUUUAUCAUUAUUAUAGUGAUGUCAAACUGUCAACUGAUGCUCAUCUUAUUCAUUAUUAUUGAUUCAUUAUUAAUAUGGCAGAAAAAUGGUAUGAGUUUCUCAAAAAGUGGCUUUGCAUAAACUGUAUUAGCACAAUAUUUUGUAAUAGCAAUUGUAACUAAAACUUAAUAAAGAAAAUAAGUUCUCUGGAA